AGCCGCCAGAGUAGAACAAAACUUUGAUGGUUACUGGAGAGAGCGAAGAUUCGCAGUCCCUUCCUCUGAACUUUCCCGGAAACCUGGUCCAAAAAACGAUUCAAUUUUCCCGCUUUCUCUCUUUUUCUCUUUUAUUCCUUUCUCUUUUCUGCCUCUUUUUUCUCCUUUUUUUUUUUUUUUUUCCCGGUUCGAAUCUGCCGAGGGAAUAUUGUCGGAGUAGUAGAGUGCUUGAAGCUCAUUUCGGAUCAGAUCAGAUCAGAUCUGAAGAAGCACCAGAGUGACUGUUUGGAAGCUGAGAAAAUGCAAACCAGGUACUUGGAGAGAUCCAACAGCAUGGCCAGAGAAAAGCGAGCUCUGGAUCCGAGUUCUACCGACGAAAGUCAGCGCGACCCCAAACGACCAGCUCUUGCCAGUGUUAUCGUUGAAGCUCUCAAGGUGGAUAGUCUGCAGAAGCUUUGCUCAUCACUGGAGCCUAUUCUUCGGAAAGUUGUUAGUGAAGAGGUGGAGCGUGCUUUGGCUAAGUUAGGCCCCGCUAAACUUAAUACGAGGGUUUCUCCAAAACGAUUAGAAGGUCCAGAUGGGAGAAAUUUGCAGCUUCACUUCAGGUCCAGGUUGUCGCUCCCACUCUUUACAGGAGGGAAAGUAGAAGGGGAGCGGGGUGCAGCAAUCCACAUUGUUUUGCUUGAUACGAACACUGGUCAUGUGGUCACAUCAGGUCCAGAGUCUUCAGUGAAACUUGAUGUUGUUGUGCUUGAAGGUGAUUUUAAUAAUGAGGAUGAAGAAGGCUGGAGUCAAGAAGAAUUUGAAUCACGUAUAGUGAAAGAACGUGAUGGAAAGAGGCCUCUUCUGACUGGAGAUUUGCAAGUGAUAUUGAAGGAAGGUGUAGGAACCCUGGGGGAGUUUACAUUUACUGACAACUCUAGCUGGAUAAGGAGCAGAAAGUUCAGAUUAGGUCUAAAGGUUGCCUCAGGCUGUUGUGAAGGCAUUCGUAUUCGUGAGGCAAAAACAGAUGCCUUCAUUGUCAAGGAUCACAGAGGAGAAUUGUACAAGAAGCACUAUCCACCUGCAUUAAACGAUGAAGUUUGGAGGUUAGAGAAGAUUGGCAAAGAUGGAUCGUUUCAUAAGAGGCUUAAUAAAGCUGGAAUAUAUACAGUUGAAGACUUCUUGCGGCUUGUAGUGAGAGACUCCCAGAGACUGCGGAAUAUACUAGGAAGUGGCAUGUCAAACAAGAUGUGGGAUGCCCUUGUAGAGCAUGCAAAGACUUGUGUUCUGAGCGGGAAACUUUAUGUUUACUAUCCUGAUGAUGUGAGGAAUAUUGGUGUUGUUUUUAACAACAUCUAUGAAUUGAGUGGCUUAAUUGCAGGUGGGCAAUAUUUUUCAGUUGAUUCUCUUUCUGAUGACCAGAAGGUCUAUGUGGAUACCUUGGUCAAGAAGGCAUAUGACAACUGGAUGCACGUUAUAGAGUAUGAUGGCAAGUCUCUUUUAGGCUUCAAGCAGAACAACAACUCAGCUGCUUCUCAAAAUGAUGUUACUGUGAGCACACACGAUUAUUCCAACUCCUUUGAUCCUCAGCUCACACUACCGAGUCUUCCAGUUUCAAUUACCCCAGAGCAGCCCUCUAUGAAUCCAGGCCUAACUUUAGGAGGUCACGAUGUUAGUGUCACUACACAAUAUCCAGUACAGUCACAGAACUUGAACCUUGAUGCUCCUAUUCAGUUUGAUGGCACUUCAUUUCCUCUGCAUAACCAGAUGAUCAAUGCUCUGCAACAGACCCAGCCUCCUAGGAGUUCGAGUGCGCUGGCCCUUGGUCCACCACAAUCAUCCAUGUCAGGCUUCCAGACUGGCGGCACGUCAAAUUUUACCUCUUAUAGGGGAUUCGAGGACUACUUCCCAGAGGAGGAGAUUCGCAUGAGAAGUCACGAGAUGCUAGAAAAUGAAGACAUGCAACAUCUACUUCGUGUUUUCAACAUGGGUGGCCACAGUCAUGCCCCUGUUAAUGUCUCUGACGACAGUUACCCUUACUCAUCAGCACCACACAUGCCCAACCAAUCUUCAAACUACGUAUUCGAUGAUGAUCAGACACGCUCAUCAGGCAAAGCUGUAGUUGGGUGGCUGAAACUCAAGGCAGCCCUUAGAUGGGGCAUCUUCAUCAGGAAAAAGGCUGCUGAGAGACGGGCACAACUUGUUGAGUUAGAUGAUUUAUAGAUAUGGGUUGUAUUAAAAAACAAGACUACGCUUGUGGAUUGAGUUGUCAGAUGCAGUAUAUGUCCUCAAAGCAUCAGCUGAUCUGCUCACUCAACCUGACUUGUAAGUGCAUUUUUGCUUGUACAGUUUGUUUCUGUACAGUAAGAUUGUUUUCUUCUAGUCUGCAUCUUCUGAAUUAUUAAUGGUGUCGAUUGUUCUAACUAAUGAUGCCUACUGAGACUGUAGAGGACACCAUGAAAGCCUGGAAUUUUUUUAGCACGGGUUUUCUCCUUGGCUAUUAAACCAUUCUUGGUAGAAACAGGGGUAACUUUCUUCUCUAUUAGUUAUUCUAUUGUACCUUAUUGUUCUAUUAUUGUAGCAUGUUAGUGGUGUAAUCUAACACAAUAAUCAGUGUUGUAUGCUUGUAACAUUAAGAAUAAUUAUUUGCAUCUUUUGUUAAACAUCCCUGAGGCAAAUUUGCCAUGACUCUGAUGGAUUGCAAGAUGCUUUAUGUGAUUUUCAAAUUGCUUUA